AGAGAAAAAUGAGAACAUAUUCUUUGUUACUGUUGUUCCUCUGUUUUAAAAGUGGUGUUCCUUACUGCUGGAAACCAAACCAUAAUCCGUUCCAGGGUGUUCCUGAGGUUACCAGACUUGAUGCAUCGUCAGUUCGGCUUGUUUGGGAAGACAUUUUUCCUAAGGGGACAGGAUGUGAAGAUGUUGAUUUUUUAAUCAAAUCACAUCCCUUGGAAUCUCCAUCAAACUACAAGUUGUCUGAUUUUACAUUGCGAGGACAACGUUCAGCAACCCUUACUGUUCCUUCUGGAUCAGAUUUCAUUUUUCAGGUUAUAGCACGUGAAGACAAGGGUUCAAGUGUUGGUAUUGAGUAUGCGUAUUCUAGACCUGCAACAAGCCUAGCCAACCCUACAGAUAAACAGAAGGAUACGUUGAAGAAAAGUAUAUGGGUUGCUGGAACGAAUUCAAGAACUGGGGGAAAUGGGGAUGCAGAAGAUCGUUAUGAUCCACUUCCCCGCCCUACCCUACCCUCAUAUAGACAACCACGCCCUACUACUCCUGCAACUCCUCAACCACGCCCUUCCACUACUGCAGCUCUUCAACAACGCCCUACCACUCCUUCUGCUCUUCGACCACGCCCUACUCCACCCACCUUGGCUCGGGACACACCUUCUCAAACAGACAAUCCACUAAAGUCUUUUCAUGAGCAGUAUUCAAAUCCCUCAAAUACGUUUCAUCAAGAAACUGAGAAAUCCUCAACAGAAAGGGUUUAUUUGAAACCCCAGGUUAAAGCACUGGACUCUAAUCCUGACUACUAUAACGGAUUAGAUGAGAAUGUUGAAGUGAACCCCUGGUAUAUCUAUGAGUGUGUACCACUAUUGAAAAAUCUACCAACUACUCAGGAAUCAUCAAAUUCAAUUCUAAAGAAGUUCAUUCAGCACAUGAACGGAAAUGCAGUACACACAGUCCGGAACUUUAUCAGUAAUGAGAAGAGUUGUAAUAAAGAGGAGAGAAAGAGAGGACACCUAGUGUCUGCAGAUGGAACUAACAAGUGCUGCUCUACUCCCUGGGGGGAUAAUAGUCCACAGUCUGUCUGUUAUGAUCAGUUUGCAAGGUGUGAUGGUGAUUGUAUCCCCCAAGACUGGAUCGAGGACGGUUGGCCGGAUUGUAUGGACGGAGCGGACGAAUCUAAUCUAGCAGUCGACGGAAAGGUUCUUCCGUUUCAGCUUGGAUGCAUCCAUUGCGCUGGUGUUGUUCUAUCCGCAGGAUUUCUUUGUAGAGAGUCUGGCGGAUUAACAAGAUCAUGCGUUGAAGGUAUUCUUGGACCAGGAGAAUGUAAUGUGUGCAUUGGAGAAUAUAUGAAUCUUUAGAAUUUUAAUUAUAUUCUUAUUUUCUAUUGGUUGUAACAAAUAGAGCUCUUUCCUUUUAAAAAAAUGAAUUGGGUCGUUGCCACUAACUCAAAUUUCAAAAUCUUCGCAACCUGAUGGGUUAAACCCUUAAUAUUAUUUGGCAAAUUUAUAAGGUUAUAUUAUAAGACCAGAGUUUGUGACAAAGACUCAAUUCCUUUAUCUUGCAACUCGAUUAUAUGUAUGUUUGAAUACUUUUUGCCAAUGCUAUUAUACUAUUCACAAAGGUACCCUGAGGAAGAAAGUGCCAUUUUUGAUAAUUUUUGCGGCGACCUUUUCUUGAAAUGCAUAGAACAUUUUUAAUUUCAUCAUAAUACAUGUAUUUAAAUUUUUUUUUGAAUUUUCAACCAAAACAAUAAUUUGAAGUUGGCAGAUUUCAUUUUUAAUAAUACAUGUAAUCUAAAGGUGACAGAAAAUAUCCAAAAAAAGGUGUCAGAACUUUCCCUGGGAUAUUUAGAAAGGUGAAAAUGAUAUUUGAAGGAUUGAAGUAUGGUUUUGGUAAAUCAUAAAGACAUAUUAAAGGGAAUGUUCGUGAAAAAUGAAAGGGGGUAUAGGCUUAA